GCUGACGUCACUGGCGGAGGACGCGGGCGUCCCGUUGGGUCGCACUCCUGGUGGCGGCGCGGCGGAGGCGGCGGAGGGCCGGCGGGCCCAUGGCCAGCGCUGGAAGCCCCCUGUAUGAUGCUGUUCCUAUCCAGUCCAGUGUGGCUUUAUGUUCCUGCUCAUCUCCAUCAAUGGUGAGGAACCAGGUGGAUUCCAGCCUUCAACCUGUUGCUGCUGCCUGUGGCAGCAGACAGGAACUGAAUAUGGAGAGCACCUUGCAACAGCCUCCACAGCCUCGAAAGAAACGCCCAGAGGACUUUAAGUUUGGGAAGAUUCUCGGGGAAGGAUCUUUUUCCACAGUUGUCCUGGCCAGAGAAUUGACCACCUCCCGAGAAUAUGCCAUUAAAAUUCUAGAGAAGCGCCAUAUCAUCAAAGAGAAUAAGGUCCCCUACGUGACCAGGGAGAGAGAUGUGAUGUCCCGCCUGGAUCACCCUUUCUUUGUGAAGCUCUACUUCACAUUUCAAGACGAAGAAAAGCUCUAUUUUGGUCUCAGUUAUGCUAAAAACGGAGAGCUUCUAAAAUACAUCCGAAAGAUCGGUUCGUUUGAUGAGACAUGUACGAGGUUUUAUACUGCUGAAAUUGUGGCUGCGUUAGAGUACUUGCACGGAAAGGGCAUUAUCCAUAGGGAUCUGAAGCCGGAAAACAUCUUGUUAAAUGGAGAGAUGCAUAUUCAAAUUACGGACUUUGGGACAGCGAAAAUAUUGUCUGCAGAUAGCAAACAAGCCCGAGCAAACUCCUUUGUAGGGACAGCACAGUACGUGUCUCCGGAGUUAUUAACUGAAAAAUCUGCUUGCAAAAGUUCCGAUCUCUGGGCGCUGGGCUGCAUCGUGUACCAGCUUGUAGCAGGGCUGCCACCGUUCCGAGCUGGAAAUGAAUAUCUCAUAUUUCAAAAGAUAAUCAAACUGGAAUAUGACUUCCCAGAGAAGUUCUUUCCCAAGGCGAAAGAUCUUGUAGAAAAGCUUCUGGUUCUUGAUGCUACCAAACGGUUAGGAUGUGAAGAAAUGGGAAGCUAUGGACCACUGAGGGCCCACCCAUUCUUUGAUUUCAUCACUUGGGAAAAUCUGCAUCAUCAAACCCCUCCCAAGCUCACAGCCUACUUGCCUGCCAUGUCUGAAGAUGACGAGGAUUGCUAUGGGAAUUAUGACAACCUUCUGAGUCAGUUUGGCUGCAUGCAAGUUUCCACCUCCACCUCUUCUCAGUCACUGUCUUCCCCAGAAAUGGGUCCCUUGCAGACUUCUGGAAACAACAUAGAGCAAUACAUCCAUGACCUGGACAGCAAUUCCUUUGAGCUGGACCUCCAGUUCUCUGAAGAGGAGAAAAGGCUGCUGUUGGCAAAGCAGGCUGGGGGCAAUCCUUGGCACCAGUUUGUAGAAAACAAUUUAAUACUGAAAAUGGGGCCCGUAGACAAGAGAAAGGGGCUGUUUGCCCGCCGGCGACAGCUGCUGCUCACGGAAGGGCCACACCUGUACUACGUUGACCCUGUCAACAAAGUCCUGAAAGGGGAGAUUCCUUGGUCACUGGAACUCCGACCAGAAGCAAAGAACUUCAAGACCUUUUUUGUCCACACACCUAACAGGACAUACUACCUGAUGGACCCAAGUGGGAAUGCUCAUAAGUGGUGCAAAAAGAUACAAGAGGUUUGGCGACACAGAUAUCACCAGAAUGCUGCGAAAUGAGACUGCCCCUCAGUGCCCAUCUCACUCCUUUGCUGCUAGAGUGCCACGUGCCCCCAGACGGAGGACUCUUCCACGCCUGGCUCACCUCCAGCUCCAGGGCCGCCGAACUGUUCUUCUGAGGAGGAAAAGGAGGAGGAAGAGGAGGAGGAGGAGGAGGAGGAAAAGCCCAGCCAGUGGAAUUCAGGGUUGCUUUGCUUGCUUUUGUGCUUCUGGUGGAGCUUCUACACGCCCCCUCCCCCCCACCCCGCCCCCCACACCCACCCACCCACGUUCUGCUGACACUGAUUACGUUGGCUUUUGCUGCAAAUGAGUGGAGUUUGCAUUGCUGGCUUUGCCCUAGACCAGUUAAGGUAGCCGAGCCCAGAUCAUGUGGGGCCUGGAUUAUUACUGUGACCUUCUGAUUUAUCAUGCAACUGUGUUUUGGGGAGCUUGGAAAUCUCUCUUCACGAGAAGCUGCCACUCUUGAUGCUGCUGCCGUCACUUUCCUCUAACCGUUGGUUCUUUGGUAUCCAGCACUUGUCAUCACUCUGGGUGUGAACCCACAAAAUUCUCCAGGUCGUGUCAAGUUGCAGGAUCUCCAUGGAUGGUACUUCUAAUGCCUGCCAGCCUGUCUGCCUUUAAGAUGCACUCCGGCACAUAUGGAAAGUGAGAGGAAUGGUGAACGUGACCCUUGAAAUCCUGGCAUUCUAAUAUCAGACAUUUUUAAAACAUGGAAUUUUAAUUUGAUGCAUUUACAUGUUUAACUGAGCAUAAAAAGUUACCAGCAUGAUUUUAACUAAUACUAAAGGUGAACUAGUUAGUACAAAAUCGUAUUGACGUAAUAAAUGGACUCUUCACUUUUUCAGAAGAGGGAGCAAACCGUUUUCUUUCCAAGGUCUGGCAGGGGCAAAGGGUUGCAGGGCCCGGCUUUUUGUGUGGUGGGAAGGCCAAACAAAAUGCUGUUGUACGACUGAUGACUUGAUUUGUUGUCUCUUUGUAUAAUGAGGUGUACAAAUAUUCCUGUAUUGUUCAUUGGCCAAGCAUUGUACCUUUUAGCAACUUUGAAAAUAUUUUACAUGAUUUAAAUAUAUUUAAGCCCCUCUAUUAAUUGGACUAAUUGUUGUGUUCAUAUAAAAAUGUUGAUACAGAGGAGGGGAAAAUGUAUGGUACUUGAGUCAUAUCUAUCAUGUUUCAUAUUGUUCUUUUUGUCUUUUUCCAAUUAAACUGUCACGCUCAAACAUU